CGGGCAGCGGCGCGGCGGCGCAGCCUCGCGAGAGCGCGGCCGCUGCGGCAGGAGCAGCGGGCGGCGGCAGGGCCGGGCCCCCACCGAGGCGCGAGCCGAGCCGGGGCCGCCGGCGCGGGCAGGGCGCUGCGGGGCCCCGCGCCCGCCGCGCUGCGCUGCGCUGCGCUGCGCUGAACUGAGCUGAACUGCGCUGCGCACGCUUUGGCGGAGAUCUGCGGUUUCCCUACCUUUGCCGUGGGCCGGAGAGGCUGAGAGCGCGCCGGCAUGGCAGAAAAAGUGAACAACUUCCCUCCGCUCCCGAGGUUCAUCCCUCUGAAGCCAUGUUUCUACCAGGACUUCGACGCGGAGAUCCCACCGCAGCACCGCACCAUGGCCAAGCGGCUCUACUACCUCUGGAUGCUGAACAGCAUCACCUUGGCGGUGAAUCUCGUGGGCUGCCUCGCAUGGCUCAUUGGAGGCGGCGGAGCUGUUAAUUUUGGACUGGCAAUUCUCUGGCUCAUUCUCUUUACGCCCUGCUCCUAUGUCUGCUGGUUUAGACCUAUUUACAAAGCUUUCAAGACAGACAGCUCCUUCAGCUUCAUGGCCUUCUUCUUCACCUUCAUGGCCCAGCUGGUGAUCAGCAUUAUCCAGGCAGUGGGAAUCCCUGGCUGGGGUGUCUGUGGCUGGAUUGCAGCAAUUUCCUUCUUUGGGACCAACGUGGGGUCAGCCGUGGUGAUGCUGAUCCCCACCGUCUUGUUCACAGGGAUGGCGGUCUUCUCCUUCAUCGCUCUCACGAUGGUGCAUAAAUUUUACCGGGGGAGCGGCGGGAGCUUCAGCAAGGCGCAGGAGGAGUGGACCACGGGCGCCUGGAAGAACCCCCACGUGCAGCAGGCAGCGCAGAGCGCGGCGGCGGGGGCCGCGCAGGGGGCCAUGAUGCAGCACGAGACGCAGUACUCGGCCACCCCCAACUACACCUACUCCAACGAGAUGUGAGCAGCCGGACCUUGUCCUCGGGCGCCGCAGCGGGGGGGAAGGGAGGAGGAGGAAGACGGCUGAGCCGAGUCUCUGCAGCUGUUUCGGAAAGGCAGAGUGUACCAUAACGGAUGAUUCUUUCCUCUGUUCUCUGUAAUAACAUUUUUUUUCCUUUUUUUUCUUUGCUGUCUUCAGCUCUUUUUUUCCUCUAUUUUAUUUUUUUUCAUUUUGAAGAGGCUGUGAGUUGACCUGCAGGACUCUUGUUGUGCGUGGUAGUAGGUGUAUGUUCGUGUGUUUUCUUUUCCCUGUGAAAUAGUGUAUGGUGGUGGUUUUUAAAUUACUGUAGUGAUAGGUGUAUGUUAGAAGUACAUCAGCCAAAAGCCCCCCCCCCAAAAAGGAAAGAUAAAAAUAGCAACCAGCACCCAUCUCUGUUCUUGUGAAAAGAGCUGAACUACAGAUUUUAUUUUUUUCCUCCUCUUUCAGUCGGUGGUGUCCAGCCAUUUGCCACUGUCUCUCCCCAGGGCAAACAGUCCUGGGAAUUCUCCUCUUCUUUUGCUUUUUAACUAGCAGGUGGCUGGCUGAUUUAGUGUUUAAAAAUAAACAAAUAAGAUAACUCAAUCCUGCUGUUGAUAUGCUGGAAGCUGAGAGAUUCCUAAUCUACCCCCUGGCUCAGGAUCUACAACUUCUCUCAGUACGUGGUGUUGUAAAUGAGUAGUUUACACUUUUGCCAUGGAAAACCAGUAUUAGUGUGUGAUUGUGACCAAGAGCCACAGUGCACUCUGUGUGUGUGUGCGUGCGUGUGUGUUUAUGUUGGAGUGAGGACCAUUUUCCCUGUAAAACUGGCCCAUUUGAGAUUCUGCAUCCUGAGUCUGUUUUUUAAAGGAUUCUAUUUAGAAAAGUGACUAAAAUUGGCGGAGUGUUUCUCAGAGGACCUAUUCUUGGGCAAGGCUGCAGGUCCAAUCUUGCCACCCCAUAUGCAAGCACAUAAAAGCAGUCUCACUGACUGACUAAACAGGGUGACCAAGAUUUGGCCCUGUUACCUUUUGAAGCAUGCACUAAUUUAGGGCCCUUUAGGGAACCUCCAGGCUAAAAGACGAUGGUGGCAAUAAUUCCUUCUCUCUUGCAACUUCUAAAAAGGUCAGUGGAGCUUGGCUAUGUAACUCCGCUAGCCUGCCUUGCCCGUAAGAGAGGUCCCAGCUCCUUCGGCCCUGAAACCCUGCCCGCUCAGCGGAGGUCGAGCUCCAAGGAAGUGUCUUGCACAUUAGCAGGAGGCAGGUGAGCUCAUGCUGCCCCGUCUUGGGGGAGAUUCAGGGAAGGGGAAAGGUGGCCGGCAGAUCCUGGAAAAGACUUGGAUUCAUAAGUGGAGCUAGUGGACUUCACAGGGCAGGAGUAGGAAAUGCUCCUUCUCAGAGAUGCUUUUCAUACUCUAAUUGCACUUUAAAUAGAGCGGUCAGAUUUUUCUCUAACUCAUGGAAAAGCAGCCCUAGUACAGGCUGAUCUGGCCCCUUUGCUCAAAUUUCUCUCGCCCCACAAGUUUCGCUUGCCGCAGGCAGACGCUCGCCCUAUGGGUUACCAGCUCAGUGUGCCACAGCCUGGCUGUAAUCUUUCCCCCAGCCUCGCCAGCGAGAGCUUUGCAAGUCGCCAACCUCUUGACCCCCAUCCCUCUAGCUGCUUAAUGAUGCUUGUAUGUGAAAUUCAUCCCCAAGAAUCAUGCCAAAAAGGAAUUUAUUUUUUUCCAGCAAAGCACACCAAGAAUAGUUUCCUCUUAAGGGGACCACUUCAGUCAUCCUGCAGUAGCCGGUUGUCUCUUGACAAGACUAAAAUGCAGCUAAUGAUAGAGAUGCCUCGGUGUGUGUGUAUGUGUAUAUAUAUAUAUGUAUAAAACGUAAAGAGAAAACUAAUCCUUUGCUGAGCCUAUUAUGUACUUAUUCAGGUUUAAAUAUUGUGCAAUUCAUUUAUAGCUAGCCUAAAACUUACUAUGCCAAAUCAUGUGCUCUGUCAUCCCAUGUGUGAGAAAUGCUGAAUUAACAGUAACUUCA